CUAGGGAAAACUAGGCCGAUAUUUUAUAAAAAUCACCCUAGGUAUUCGUAAUUUCUUAGGGGUCAACUGUAAAUUCUGGAUCGCGAUUAGGGGACGACGCGCACCCCCGCCGCAUAGCCGCCGACGAACCCCACGCGGCCACGCCCGUUUCCACGGCGCCACCAUACAUCCUGCGCGCUGUGCAGCCACCUUCGCCGCGGCGCAGGUGCGCCUCUACCUCCCGCUUCAACUCCUUUGUGGCAUAUGCGUGGCGAGCCAUACCGGAUGGAUUCCGGCGAGGGCCGUGCUCGCCCACAUCCGGUUUGCCGGCAUCCUCCUCGUCUCAAACGGCGGGUAGCCGGUCGCCACUUCUGGAGAUGCUGCUCCCGGACACACCCAGCUUUCACCCCUGCCUGCCUGCGGAGAGAAUGGGUGUAUCAAGUUUGCAGACAGGUCAUUGUGUACUGUAUUUCUCAAUCAGUAGAUCAAUUUCAUCUGGGUUCUCCCCCCAGUGUCUGCAAUGAGUUCGAAUAGUAAUGAAAUGCAAACCUAGCAUAAAUUCAGCAAUUUGGAUAUUGCAUAAAGUGAGAAUUUGGAUAAGAGGCGGCUUCGUUAUACUUUUUUUUGUGUGAACUGUAUCUAUUACUCUAUUAGGUACCCAUACCGUAAAUACCUGAUGUCAAUGUCCCUGGAAACCUCCAAGUUGCUGUACUCGGUAGUGUAGAAUAACAUUGGAAAUUCAUGAUUUAUGGCCUGCACUGCUACCCAAUUACCCAAGUGAAGGUGGAAGCUAGUGUUAUCCGGAAUUUUGGAUGAUUAUCCUUAGCAUGUCAGUGCACACAAAAUCAGAUAGCACAUGGGCAGUUUAGUCAACAGUGGCUGCAUGUUUUAACUAUGUCUUCUAACUUCUGCGGGUAUUCAAAUAUCUCUAAGGUGGUGAUGGUGACAGCAGCAGUUGUGACGAAACCUGCUUUGGUUUCUGCUUACAAUUUCUAUCCGUUCUUUUUUUUUUACUUAUGCUGGCAAGUCUAAUACCUGUAAGAACAGCUUCCUUCUUACUGCUUACAUUUCCUAGAAAUUGGUGACCCUGAGGUCUCUUAGAAAUUGUAAAGGUGAUUUCAUUUCAUACAUAAGUGAUAGAAAACAGAAUAGGAUCUUCCUAUUGUAAUCCUUUCUGAUUGCCUUCAUUACCCCCUGCAUCACUCUUCGAUAUAUUCCUGUAAUGAAUGCUGGUGUGCAUUGGGACCAGAUAUCAGCAGAAUACCAUAGCCUUACAAGAAAUCAAUAUGUGAAGGGACACCACAUGGUGAUUAUGAUGUAAGGUAGCCAUACCAAGGAUGUAAUUCAUUUUUGUCUUGCAGAAUUGAUUCAGAAGAUGGCUAACAAAUUAUCUUGAUUUCAAGACUUCUCUGGUCAUCUUAUGGUGAUGGUUGCAUUCAACUUCAUUUUCUUUUUGCUGAUGUUUCAUAAUUAGUGUCACCAUCUGAUAAUUGUGGUGAUCCAUGAACCAUGAUUAGUUAUUUGCUAGGUUUUUAUCUUCUAAAAUAAUAUGUUCUGAGGAACCAAUAGGUGAUUUAUUUGGUUAUUUCAUCAUAUACAUAGACUGCACUUUCAUAAGCUGCUCUAUUUCCAGAGGAAGUCAACUUUUCAGAUGACUGUUACUAAAAGCAAUUAAUGAAUUAGCACUUUCACAGUCAACUGACAAAAUAUUGCACCCACAAGGCCACAAAUGAUGGCGUGCUAAAUACAAUUCCUACUGUAUAUUAUUAAUAUUACUUGCGAGCUCUCUAGUGGUACAUGCCCAAUUUUUUUCCACUUUAAUGUGAACGUGUUGUAGUGUCCAAAUUUCAGUCAGCAGCAGUUACGAACAUUAGAAGUCAACUUCAGUAUGUUGGUGUUUAGACUAUCAGGGGUUGCGAUAGGAAUGGAGCAGAACAGGCAAGGAAGAAAACAGAAAACACUUUGAUUGCCCAAGUUGUUGCUAUCACCUCUUGAUUUGAAUGCCCAUCGGUUUAUUUAUACCCCUCUCAUAUUUGGGGGGACUCAGCAGGCAGCCAGUAAUCAAGAGGGAGAAGGCAAAAUCUUGAAAAGUACCAUGUCAAUUAUAGGCUUUGUGGACUGGAGAGGAAACCCAAUCAGUAGAGGGGUGCAUGGAGGAGUCAGAGCAGCAUGGUUUAUAUACUGUAAGUUCUGACAGUUGCGGCAAACAUCGUAAAUGUCCCAAAUAUGCUGAAUAUGGUCACCUAUCUCCAUGGAACAAUGCAUAUGGGAGUUUCGAGCUCUGCAACUACGGUCACUAAUGUCCUUGGUGCCACAUCUGGGUUUGCUUUGAUAGGGGCUUUCCUCUCUGAUUCUUACAUCACUCGUUCAAGAACUAUACUUUUCUUUGGUCCAUUGGAGUUUCUGGGCUAUGGACUGCUUGCGCUGCAAGCCUACCUUCCUUCACUCCGUCCACCAGCUUGCAAUAUUGAAGCAGAAGCAAGUAUCUGCAAAGAAGUCCAUGGCUGGAAUGCCACCCAGCUGUAUGCAGCCUUGUAUAUCAGCGCACUUGGUGAUGGUUGUAUGCGUGCUUGCAUGCCAUCCCUCGGAGCAGAUCAGUUUGACCAUGAAGAUCCCUCUGAGUCACACCAGCAAUCCAGCUUCUUUAAUUGGUACACCUUUGGGAUCUCCUUUGGAGGUUUUAUAGGGCUAAUUCUCAUCGUGUGGCUUCAAAACGAUAAGGGGUGGGACAUUGGAUUCUGCGUGUGUUCCAUCCUAAUUCUGCUUGGGUUGCUUGUGUUUGCUCUUGGUCUCCCUUUCUACCGCAACCAAAUACCUGAAGGAAGCCCUCUAACUCGAAUACUCCAGGUUCUUGUGGUCGCAUUCAGAAACAGGAGCGUUGAGCUUCCAGAGAAACUGGAAGAGGCGCAAGAAAGGAGUACCGAGACAUACUUUAUUGAAGUACUCCCUGAAACAAAGAGCUUGAAAUUUCUGGACAAAGCCUGCAUCAACCGUGGGAAAGAUGGAGCCUGGUCACUUUGCAGUACUACGAAGGUGGAGGAGACUAAGAUUGUGCUCCGUGUGCUUCCUCUGUUCAUCAGCUCAAUGAUUGGAUACGUAUCAAACCCUAUCCUCUUCACAUUCACCGUGCAGCAAGGUGGCAUCACAAACACAAGGCUGGGCAAGAUUUGUGUUUCCCCCGCUACACUUUUCAUCAUCCCCACCAUAUUCCAGAUGGUAAUGCUUCCCAUCUAUGAUCAGUUCCUUGUGCCGUUCUUGCGCAAGCGCACAGGAUAUGCCAGUGGCAUCACUCAUUUGCAGCGUGUCGGCAUAGGCUUCGCCUCCAUCAUACUUGCGUCAGUCAUCGCCGCAGUUGUUGAGAGGAAGAGAAAGGAAGCUGCAGUGCAGAUAUCCCUGUUUUUGCUCACGCCUCAGUUUUUCUUGCUGGGUGUGUCAGACGUGACAUCGUUUCCUGGGCUUCUUGAGUUCUUCAACAGCGAGGCACCGCGAGGCAUGAAGUCAAUCGCAGCUGCCUUGCUCUGGUGUGUCCUAGGGCUCUCGUCAUUGCUAGCCACUUUCCUGGUGCAAAUAGUGAAUAGGGCCACAAGGCAUGGGAGCCGUGGAGGGUGGCUGGAGGCUACAAGCUUGAACAACAGCCGUCUUGAUCUGUUCUAUUGGGUUGUGGCUGUUGUCGGAUUGCUUGCCUUCUUGAACUACCUGUACUGGGCCAAGAGGAAGAUCACAAACUAUCUCAUGGGUCCUGGCCCACCUUUAACAUGUCCAAUUCAGUGUGACCUGUUGGAUGAUAUCUUUUCAUGGUUGGAUCUGUUAGUUAUAUCAGUAGUAGGUGUUAGGUACACCUGGCCAUACUGCCUACCGUGUCCAUAGCAAAGGGGAUUGCACUUCUUGCUGUAUUGGUAGCAAAUGAUAUAGUCUACACAACCUCAAGCUUUCCUCUUAGUGGCCAUCCCUCUCCCGUUACUGUCAGAUAUAUUCCUUGAGUACUUUCUCAUUGGAACAGAAGACAAUAACCUUAUGUUUGAAAUGGACUCCAUUCCGAUUAUGAAUUAAGUUGCAGUACCAAGAAGAUCCUUUGUACCCUCUGUAUGCGUGUCCUUGCUGUGAUUAUGAAUUAAGUUGGCAGUACCAAGAAGCUCCUUUGCACCCUCUGUAUUUGUGUGCUGCAAAGUGAUACUGUGGCAAUAACUGAUGUUGAUUUCAAGACUUUUCUGCUCAGGUAUGGUUUCAGAUGCUUUGAAAUUUAUUUUCUAUUGCCUUUAUUGUGCCUUUCUAGCACAUCUAUGUGCAGGGCCAUGACUAAUUUUAUUUGCUAGGUUUUGUCUUCUAAAAUAACAUGUUUUGUGACUGAUUAGUGAUUUUUUUAUUGGAAUAAUUUAUACGUAAGUUAUAAUUGUUGGUGUAUAUGUGAGCCCAUGUAUAGAGGCUCAUAUAGAGGCCCAUGUAUAAGAUCUAUAUAUCCCACCCUUCUAGGAUUUGGAGGAAUACAAGCCUAUUCUCUCAUAUUCUCCCUAUCUUACAUGGUAUCAGGCUAGCUCCAUGGC